AUGCGCACUGAAUCCUCGCUAAUUUCUCGCUACUAUUUCUCACUAAUUUUCGCACAGCUCUCGCUAAGAUUUCUCGCACUGAUCUCACUUCUCGCUUCUUCUCUCAUGCGAAUUAGUCCUCGGACAAUUCGUCAAGCUUCAAAGGUACCACUCCUCAAAUACUUUCUUGCCGCAAAUCGUACCCUAGAAAAUGCUAAACAAGAACUAAAAUGGGUGCAACAGGAACUCCCACCACAGAAAUGGACUUGGGCUGCGAAACGACGACUGCGUUUAGUUCCACUUCAAUACAUUUUGGGAUCCCAACCGUUUGGUGAACUCACCAUUCUCUGCAAGGAAAACGUACUUAUACCGAGAUGGGAGACCGAAGAAUGGGUAGGACACCUCUUAAACAUUCUAGAGAAGAAUUCAAAGCUGCUUAAAGUUGUCGAUGUGUGCACGGGAACCGGUUGUAUUCCCUUGGCAAUAAAGCAUAAACGGCCCCAGGAUGAGGUGUGUGGAAUUGACGUUUCGGAGACUGCAAUUGAGUUGUGCAAAGAGAAUCUUGCAUUGUAUAGUCGUGACUUUGGGGUGUCUUCCACCAUCUCAUUUUUGGUUGGUAAUGUGUUUCAAAAACACCCUUCCAGUCUUUAUAAAGUCGAUUUGUUGACAGCCAAUCCUCCGUAUAUACCAAGAGAGGAAUACAACUCGCCGGUGGCUCUCAAUGGUGUUCUGAAGUCGGUUAAGAAGUAUGAACCUCAAUUGGCACUAAUUGGAGAUUUGGAGUUUUACGAUGCCUUGAUCUCCAAUUAUGUGGUACCCCUCGAGGUAGAAGCAUUUGUGUUUGAAGUAGGCGACGAGAAGCAGGUCAAACAUGUCCAGCAAAAGCUACAAGGAGUCUACAAUUGUGGUUCCGUCUACGACUCACAGGGUAAAAUACGAUGUGUUGCCGGGUGGAAAAAUGACCAAUUGAGCUUGGAUGCAAUGUGUUCUUAG